AUCACGCUUUUAUGAUUUUAUGAUGGCUACUUUGACUUAGUGCCCCAGUGUGCCGCCUUUAAAAUCUCCCUUCAAACGGUUGCUGGUACGAAAUUCCGCUCGUUUUGCGAUGCAGUCGACGCAGCCUCAUCGCCUGAGAUUAUGUCCGAGUCGACCCAGGUCGUCUUCGCCAUCGACGUUGCCUCCUUCUACACCUAUGAAGACGAACCCGCCGUCGGCGAUUACCAGCAGGCCGUGAAUGCCGUGAGGUACGGCUGCCUCAAGCUCCUCACGCACUUCGGCAGGGAAAGGACCCGAUGGGGCUACAAGUUCUACAGCAGCAGCGGCCUGACGCGGCAGCGGAUGGACAGGCGGCCGUUCCGGGAGUUCAACCUCGACCACUUCGAGGAGUUCGAGGAAGAGCUGGCGCAGCGCUUGGAGCGCUACCGGAGCGCCUGCCAAGCCAUGGGCCGUGCGGGGCAGCGCGCCGUCGGAGAUCGGGACCCGCCGUGCGCCAUCCUCCGGACGGCCCUCACCCAGGUUGCGUCCGAGUUUCCGUGGGAUGCCCCGAGCAUGGCCUCGCCGGUGAAGCGCAGGAAGCGCAAAAGGGGCGGCACCGGGGACCGCGAGAACGCCUGCAGCGGGGGCAACUACAUCUUCAACCUGUCGCGGUGCCCGCGGUCCCAGGACGAAGUAGCCUUCUUCCUGGGCAAGAAAGACGCCUCCCAGCUGGACGGGAGCGACGUCGCCGAGGUGAUGGUGCCAGCCCAGGUGCGGCGGCUCUUGGUGGACUCGCUGGCGGCCAAGCUGCUGUGGAUCGACACCGGUCUAGAGCCCCAGGACGGCGCACACGCCCUCAUCCAGAGUGCCCUGCGUUGCCUGGGCGGCGACGCAGUUCCGCUCGAAGCUCUAGUCAGAGCCGGAGCCGACUGCGCGCCCUUCUCGGCGAUCGCCGACCUGUGCCUCAAGGGGGGUUCGCGGGGCCAGCAGCACCCGCCGCUCUUCGCCGCCGCUGCCGUUACGCUCGGCCAAGAACGGGUCGGCUCGGCACUCUUCUGCCCGGACGACCCACUGCCCGAACCGCGCGCCCGCUGGAAGGAGGUCCGGAUCCUCGCCAGGACUCGAGCGUGCGCCGGUGCGCGUGCCCUGAGUUCUCGGAGGGUGCAAGUGUUCCGCUGCCCCGACGGAAGCGCUGCCGCCGGUGCCGACGACUCGGCGCGUCUCCGGGGGAUUCUGAACUGCCUGCAGCGCCAAAGGGAGGUCCUUUUCGUAGAGCUGGUGUCCGACCUGCCCGCAAAGCAGUACGCGUUUCUCUCGCCGCUCUUCGGCUCCGCCUUCUGCCUCCAGGUUGUGACCGAACCCCUGGCCUUCGGCGAGCAGCACACUGAAAGGCGCUCACCCCGGGCCCCAGCGGACGGCGACGAUUCCGACCGGUGCCCGUUGCCUUCCACUGAUCCAUUUGAGUGGUGCCCGCAAAGAACAAUGACUGGCGACGGCUCAUCGCGUUGGCCUCCCUUCAGGGCGGCUGCGCUGGAGCGCUGGUACGUGGCUCCGUCUUCCGUGAACCCAUUCCCAGGCUCGGACCAACACGAUACGGACGAGCAGUGUGGAGAGAUGCUGAAAAGGCUGCGGCGUAGCUACAGGCUCGGGUCUGUGGGAGGCACGAAGGAUGAUGCAGCCAUACCGCAGAGCGAGCGGCUGUCCCAGCAGACGCCCAGACCGGCGGCACGGAAGAGCCUCGGCGCCUCCCUCAAGCCCGGCGGCAGGUCGGCCGACAUCCUGGCCCACAGCUACGCAGACGCACGGAGGGCUUCGGGCCGCCGGGAGAAGCCAGCGUGCGCCCAGGGAUCCCGCAGCUCCCCCAGGGCGCCACGAGGCACGAGCUACGCCGACCGGGAGCAGCUCUUGGCACACCUGAAAGAGUCAUACUCUGGUGCGUUGGACUCCGGCUUUUCUACGUCCUUGCUCACAUGUGCGCAGAACAUUGUCAGUGUCAUCAAGCGUUUCGUGGAGUCCCAGCCACGGAGCAACGGGAAACAAUCGUCUGUUUGUGAGCUGCUGCGGACACACUUUGUGCUCGGUUGCCCCCAGAUCGCCGAAAAAUAUGGCGGCUCCGGGGACGACGCGAGUCAGCGGCGCCGUCUCCGCGAAUACCAGCUGCAGGCGCUGCUCGCGCUGGAAGAAGAGGUGAGCUUCGGUCCAACUGGUGCGUGCGUCGAGAGGGUGACCUCGCUGCUGCGCACACUGUCCUUCGUCCACAGCCCGUCCGUCGCCAGCGAGUUCCUCAGGGGUAUCGUGAGAGACACUUACCUGGCCACCCUGCGGGACGUCCUCGUGGAGGUCGGAGACGAGCUGAGCGUGCCCCUCUUCUCGGACGACGGGGGCUCGCUGCUCGGCUCAGAAGGAGACUUCGGACGGCUCGACGGGCCCACUUCUGCGGCGUCGCAAGACUCCUUCCUGUCGAGCAUUCCGUCGUCCUUCAACUCCCAGACGCUUCGCGAUGCGGCUGACAACAGGUCCCUCGCGCGAGUUGACCUUUCCCAGCCCUCUUCAUCCACCUCCCUCUCGAAACGCCAGAUCGUCGUCCCGAAAGUUCCCAAGUGCAGGCGGCUCGACACAAAGCCAGUCAGGACGUCUCCAAAAAAGUCGGAGCCUGGCCGCGUUCGUCGAGACCUCUUUACGGCGACGACGGGCUCUCCACAGCUGGGCCAGCGCAGAGUACUCAAGACCACAUUCGUUCCGGAAACACCGACCAGUCGGCAGGGGCGGAGGCUCGUCCAGCGUCGGCAAGAACUGUUGCGUCGCAGGUCGCGUAUUGUUGUUACCGUGCCGGUCGUGGAGGAGACGCCGGAAAAGAGGGUGCCAAAAGCCACCGAGGAUGUCUUCAGCUUCCCGUCUCCUUCUAAGUUAGUUGGAAGAACUCCAGAGAGGGCUGCUGCAACUCCGAAGCGGGUGCCACCCUCCAGGGCACCUUUCUCCCAGGAGACCCCCCCCAGGUGGAACGGUUCCGAGAGUCUCUUCUCCUCUCCCGAGGGCCACCUCUCGAUAAGCAGUUGCGAGAGGACUCCUGCAAAGGCCGUCCUCUUUUCCGGCGUCGUUGUCCUCGGAGAGUCUCCACAAGGCGCUCCUGGUCGGCGGGGCAGCGUCACCCCACGGAGGAGGGUGUCCAAGAGGUUGCUUGGCUCGCCUUCGGUGACGCACUCUCCACUCGAGAAGCCUCGAGAGGACUCCCCGGCCUCGAAGAAACCGUGUCUUAAGUUGCCGGGGGCCGAACCCGAAGCUCCAAGGCGUCUCUUUGAACAGCUCGUCGACUCUUCUCCCCGCAAGGAGCCAGACACCGAAGAGUGCCUUCGACAGAAUCUCCCGAAUGGCACCAUCCGGGGUUCUCGGAGCGGCGACACCGAGACGAACGGAGAUUCUUCGCGAGGUGUUGUCACAUCUCCCGUCCUGACGAAGCUGACAACGCGCUUCACCCGAAGCAAGUCCAAGGAGACUGGCCUUAGUCCGCAACAGCUGUUCUUGCUGUCCCAGGCCAGUCCGGUCAAGGGUGAGCGCCAGACUGAGCAGCGUCCGCACGGUGCCACCCCCUCGCAGGAGCCGGGGACGACUCCCAGCUGCAGAAAGCGUCGACGGAUUGUGUACACCCCUCCCUCGGCGCUCAGCCUGCUGCACCUGACCAGCUCUCCCAUGCUGCUGAAGAAGUGACUCUGCGGCAGACUGUGCAUGGGGGUCUCCCAGUGCCGCCCUCAUAGGCCGGAAAUGACCGAGCCAAAGUACCGCCAAUUUAGGUUUUAUAUUUUUAUAUAACGCAUGUUCUAUACUUUUAUGCGACUUAAGUAGGUAGAGGACUACUGGAAGCUGUUCUGUUAUACAAGUGCAGUUUUUGGAUUGUAAAUAUCUGUACUUUCUCCCCUGUUCAGCUACACUGUAUAAAACAUGCAUCGUUUAAUCUGAA